AGAAGGCAAGCACCAGUCAACAACGUUGAAACGCUCCCUCCAAAAAUCAAUUUCACUCUUUCUCUCUCCAUCAAUUUUCCACAAUCAAAACAGCUUCUUUCUUUUCUUUUUUAUAUAAAUCUUAUCAAAUCCACCUCCUCUCUCAAUCUUUCUCUCUUUCUCUCUCUUUUUAAGAUUUAAAGAGGGGGAUUUCUUUUUGUCCGUACAAUGACACAGGGCAAUUUAGAAACCCUUGUUUAUGUCUACGCCGGCGACUCUUGCGACAACAAAAUCGUCUAUGAGGCUUUAGCAACCACCGAAGGCGACCCCGACGACCAUCUCCACACGGAGGAGAAACAUGGCCAGGAAGAAAUCCCGCCGGAUUUCCCGCCAGAGUCGUUUUGGUUAUCCAAAGACGCAGAGCUUGACUGGUUCGAUCGCAACGCUUUUUACGAACGGAAAGAGUCGCAGAAAGGAAACUCAGCUUCCAACUCCACAAAUCUUAAUCCUAAUCUGAAUUCAAAAUCCAAUUCUCUACGCUUUUCCUUGAGAAAAUCUAAAGCUUCGAUCAUCGGAUUACCUAAACCGCAGAAAUCUUGCUUUGUCGAAACGAAGAACAGAAAGUGUACUAAGCCUGGAAAUACUAGAUUGUUUCCUAAACGGUCCGGUUCUGCUAAAUCAGACCGGCCACUUGUUGAACCGUCCUCGCCUAAAGUUUCUUGCAUGGGAAGAGUGAGAUCGAAGCGAGACCGGAAUCGCCGACUAAAAAAGAACCGCCAAAAAUCUGUCGAAGUCGAAACUGUAAAAGAGAAAACGACAAGAAAAAGAACCGGUUUCUUUUCGAGUUUUCGUGCUAUUUUUCGGUCCAAUGGUAAAGGACGUGAAUCAGAAGCUCUUACAGUAGCGCCGUUGCCACCAAAGAACAGCGAUAUUAGGUCUCGCUUGCCGCCAGAUGAUCGUGACGCAAUAUCGAUAGAGCAUGAAAUUGCGGAGAGUGAAGCGGUUGCUGAGCCUGUCAGUUUAGGUGGAAUGAAGCGGUUCGCGUCCGGUAGGAGAUCGGAGCCGUUAAUCUAAACCGUGUGGGAAGUGGUAGGCCAUAGCUAAGGCGUGGCCGCGUGGUUUGGUCCGCGGUCGUGGUUGGGCAACUUGCGGGUCCCGCCUAAUGUUUAAAAUUUCCUUCUGGUGACGUGGCUGAUGAUUAACGGUUUGGGAAGGUAAAAAAAUCCCAAUUUUCCAAUUUCCACGUCGUUUUCUUCUUUUUCUUUUUAAAAUAAUUUUGAUUGGGUUUUACUUGAUAAGGGUUUGUAAAUAUGAGUGGUUUUGGAGAGCACAGUUGUAAGUUUUGUUCUUAUUUUAAUAAUAAAAAUAAAAAAAAUUUAUAAGAUUCAGAUUACUUACUAUUAUUCUUUAAAUAUAAAGAUUCAUAUACUAUAUCAUGUUUAUUUUAUGUACGUUAAAGAUGAAUAAAACAUAAAAU